AUGGAAGAUGGCAGCAUGCAGUUACAGCCAGGGCGCAGUGUAGGAUUCAUGACCCUCGGUUGCUCCCUACACGAAGUACUGACGACGAUCAAAGCCGAAGUCAAGGCCUUUCCACGCUUCCAGUUAUAUCACGAUGAACUACGACCCAUCUCAUCUCCAACCCAAGUCGUUCUCCCUGACAACGGUAUACGAUUGCAGUUUGACGGUCCUGACCAGCGGCUACGCCUCAUCGAAGUGCUCGAUUUCGCCAAAGCUAGGCUGGUAUACAAGGACAUUGAGGUAUACAAACCAGAAGGUGGCUUUACUGGGGGUGCGCCCGGCCCCAGGUUCCGCCAUGUCUAUGACAAACUACUAGGGCCAACAUACGGCGGAGAGUACGUACCUCCACGGUCGGAAGAUCCUAACGCCAGGGGCACGUAUAACCUGUCGUAUCCGGGAAUCGCAUUCAACUUUCCCGUUCAGCACUCUGCAUACUCUCCCAAGAAAGACUUCAUCUCACUACUUUCGUCGUCGGCUACAGGUCCUGCAACCUCCAUGGCCGUCUUCAACGGUGAAUCUUGGCAAAAGGCUCGCGGGACCCUCUUCACAGCCCCACCACCAAACCCAAGAUCUUUAACUUUGGGAAAAGCGAAAGAUGGUAGCCCAGAUGAGAUUGAAACAGUGAAAAUACAUGGGGAAGGCAGGGUAGAGCUCGUCAGGCGCUCAAGCCCCCCGUUUUGGAUAAUUCUUAGUGAGACAACACCCCAGGACUUGAUCAUGGAGUUGGGAGCCCCCGACUCGAUCUAUCGCAAGAAUGACCACCGCUUGUCUAUUCACAAGGAUCGGAGAACCAGUGAUGCCUCCGAUCUCUCCCCUGGUGGACUCACACCCGACGAUGACUCGGAUCACGGAUCGGUCAUACGAAGCGAUGAUGAGGAUGCGUGGGAUGACGAUGAUGAUGCAACGGUCGAGGCUCAAGAGCGAGAAGUUGCGGCAGCAGAACAUUUCUACAAUUACUAUCACCAUGGAUUCGACAUACUCAUCUCACAACCAACGCAUAUAUCCCCACCUUCACCCACCGCAGAGAGAAGAGAAGCUAACUUGAUUGAAGAAGGGGAGGUUGGCGCGCAGCCACUCAAUCAUCUUACUGCAGUCAAGAUUAUAUUUCACGGCAAUGUACCGGGAUCAUAUCAAUUCAACCGCCAUAGAAGAAGCAGGUGGACGCUCGAACACGUGCCUUCUGCAAUGUACAAGGACCCGCUUAACUCAGAAAUGGGAUUUGGUGAUAUUUCCGGAAGGUUGAAGGAAGUAUUCAAGACUUCCUACGAGAACGAGGAACAGGAGCGACUGCAACAGCGCGGCAUGGCCUUGAACAGAGGCUGGGGCGACAGCCCCGGUAGCAGCUGUGAGCUUCUCGGGGGAUGGGAAGAUAGCUCUGGAAAGAAGAGCAAGUUUGCAAACGCUGGUAGCGUGCUUAUGGAGGGUGCCGCUGAUGUCGGUAAUGUCGAAUUGUUCGGCUUCCCAGGUAUGGUGUUCGAAGUGAUGAAGAACGGAGCUGUGAGCUCGUUGACUGUAUACUGAGAGCAGACCGCGCGUUGAUAGUCGCAGUGUUUCAUACAAUGUCUAUAUGUUUAGGGAGACGCUGGGUUCCCGCAUGUUAUUGCAGGACGGAGUUCUGGCAUGCAGGCGCAAGUGCAGGGAGCAUAGAAAUUGAUUCAGCAUCAAUGAGAUAAUCAA